CAACGAAAGAAAGAAACAAGUAGAGAGAGAGAGAGUGAUAACAAUGGAAAGCCAUUCCUCCUCCUCUUUCUCGAGUUUCAAAUCGUACCUCCGGGCACUCUCCGACACCCCCAACCGCCUCUCCCGCCGCGCCUGCUCCGUAUCAACCUCCUCCGAGGAAACGACCCGCCUCCGAAUCCGUUCCGGGUCGGAGAUGAAGCGGACCCUCCGCUGGUACGACCUCGUCGGCUUCGGAGUCGGCGGUAUGGUCGGCGCCGGAGUCUUCGUCACCACCGGCCGCGCCAGCCGCCUCUACGCCGGCCCCGCCGUCGUAGUCUCCUACGCCAUUGCCGGCCUCUGCGCCCUCCUGUCCGCCUUCUGCUACACCGAGUUCGCUGUCGACAUGCCCGUCGCCGGCGGCGCCUUCAGCUACGUCCGCGUCACCUUCGGCGAAUUCCCCGCCUUCCUGACCGGCGCAAAUCUCGUAAUCGACUACGUCCUGUCGAACGCCGCCGUCGCCAGGAGCUUCACCUCGUAUUUGGGCACCGCCUUGGGCCUAUCGACGCGCACACAACUCCGAUUCACCGCCCACGCCCUACCGGAGGGGUACAACGAAUUAGACCUGAUCGCCGUCGCCGUCGUCCUAAUCCUCACCCUAGUAAUCUGCUACAGCACGAAGGAGAGUUCAUGGUUAAACAUGGUGCUAACGGUGCUGCACAUUCUGUUCAUAGUGUUCGUGAUAGUGGUCGGGUUCUGGAAGGGGGAUUGGAACAACUUCACGAAACCCGGUAACCCGGAAAACCCGGGCGGGUUCUUCCCAUUCGGAGUUUCCGGAGUGUUCAACGGGGCGGCCAUGGUGUACCUGAGCUACAUCGGGUACGACGCCGUUUCCACCAUGGCCGAGGAGGUGAAGGAUCCCGUGAAGAAUAUUCCCAUCGGAGUCUCGGGAUCCGUCGUCCUCGUCACCGUUCUCUACUGCUUCAUGGCCGCUUCAAUGUCCGCUCUCCUCCCCUACGACAUGAUUGAUGCAGACGCGCCGUUUUCAGGGGCGUUCAGAGAAGGUUCGGAGGGUUGGAAGUGGGUAUCCAACGUGAUCGGAGUUGGGGCUAGUUUCGGUAUUUUGACGUCGCUGCUGGUGUCCAUGCUGGGCCAGGCGCGGUACAUGUGCGUGAUCGGAAGGGCCUGCGUGGUCCCCACUUGGUUCGCAAGGGUCCAUAAUUCCACUUCUACCCCUGUCAAUGCCUCAUCCUUUCUUGGGAUAUUCACAGCAGGAAUCGCCCUAUUCACCGAUUUAAACAUCCUCUUAAACCUCGUUUCGAUCGGAACUCUCUUCGUUUUCUACAUGGUAUCAAAUGCAGUAAUCUACCGCAGAUAUGUAACCAACGGAGCCACAAACCCAUGGCCCACAACCUCCUUCUUGUUCUGCUUCUCGCUCACCUGCAUAAUCUUCACGCUCAUAUGGCAAUUCGGGCCUUCGUCGAACAAGCCCAAAGCGUUGAUGCUCGUGGCAUGCUUAGGUGUCGCAAUAGCACUGGUUCAGUUAUUCCACUUCACGGUCCCACAAGCAAGAAAGCCCGAGUUUUGGGGGGUCCCACUCAUGCCAUGGAUUCCCUCGAUAUCCAUUUUCCUCAACAUAUUCUUGUUGGGCUCUCUUGAUAAACCUUCGUAUGUACGAUUCGGAUUCUUCUCGGGCCUUAUUGUGCUCGUGUACGUUCUUUACAGUGUGCACUCGAGCUUUGAUGCGGAGAGAGACGGCACUCUUGGUAUAAAGAGUGAAGAAAGUGUGAAGGAAUCAUCCAUUAUUGAAAGGCAAGUUUGUAGUGCAAAAGUGUAGAUAGUAAACAAAUGAGUACAUUUGGUUCUUGAUUGGUUGAACUAAUUUAGAAUUAGUAAUUUAGGGUAUCAAAAGAUGUAUAGUUGAUCUCAAGUAGAGAUUAAUUGCCCUCAAAUGUAUAUUUAUUUAGUUUUAUUUAUUAUUAUCCAAUCAAAGUUGUGCAACUUUCAACUGUAAAAGCACCAAAAAGAAAAGGUUAAAUGAAAUUGCUCUUGGAUAUUUUGUGGUGCA